AUGGAGUUUACAACUGCCCUUGCCGCUGCGAAUCCAAGCGCGAUCUCGCCUGCCCGACAUCAACCCAGGGAUGCCGUCACAAUCACCUGGUUCGUGAUCUUGGCCAUCAGCGUUGUCCUACUCGGUAUCUUUGCCAUGCCUGUUGCUCUACAGAGGGUAUCACCACCUCCGACACCAUGGUCGUAUUCUAUCGAGCAGGCUCAAGCCCAAAAUUUGAUGUCUGUCGGUGUCCUCAUCGAGAUGCCGAUUGCAGUACGGCGAGAGACUGCUGCUCCCGUGCAUCGUCCAUUGACACUGGUCUUUGGACCUGGUUCCGCUGCAACUCUCCAGCCUCUAUGGAAAGGUGACCAAAUCAACCAUAUUAUUAAAUCCAAGUCUGAUAUACAAGCCCGAAGACAAGCUUCGCAUGCGGAUUCGUGGUACAGUGGCGACGCACGAAAGCUCAAUUCUCAGCUUGAUCAAUGGAUCAACGCUGUAGAGUCCUCUGAGACGUAUAGCCCACCCAUCAGACAGUCCAAAGCGAUCAUCGGACCACAUGCAGGAUACUCCUACUCGGGUCCAAAUGCUGCUUGGGCAUACAAGAGCAUCGACACCACGGGCAUCAAGCGCGUCUUUGUACUUGGUCCAUCACAUCAUGUCUAUCUGCGCUCCUGCGCGCUAUCCGCUUGCGAGACCUACGCCACGCCAUUAGGAUCGCUCCCAUUAGACAGGGAAACCAUCGAAGAACUGCACAACACGGGCAAGUUUGAGACGAUGGCUCUUUCGACUGAUGAGGAUGAGCAUAGCAUCGAGCUGCAUUUGCCAUACGUUCGUAAGAUAUUCCAAGGCAUGGACAUCAAGAUUGUGCCUAUCCUCGUCGGUGCACUAGACAAACAGGGUGAAGCAACCUAUGGCAAACUGCUCGCCCCGUACUUUGCUCGAGAGGAUACUUUCACUGUCGUCUCGAGCGACUUUUGUCACUGGGGAAGACGCUUCAGCUAUACGUUUUACUACCCCUCACCUCCGCCUUGUGAGGGCAUCAAGUUGAGCAGGUCAACACCAAGUUCGACCUUUAAGUCGUUUCCCAUUCACGAGUCCAUCACCGCGCUCGACAAAGAGGCGAUGGACAUACUCACAUUGCCAAAGGAGAGUGAUGUAUCCCCAAACGAGGUGCAUACGCAAUUUGCAGACUAUCUCGCCCGUACGAGGAAUACAAUCUGCGGUCGACAUCCGAUUGGAGUCUUGCUCGGUGCCCUCAGCAGUGUGGCGGAACAAGGCAAGUCCGUCACAAUCCAAUGGGUGAAAUACGACCAUAGCAGCGAAUGUGAGACGGUAGAGGACUCGAGCGUCAGCUACGCUAGUGCCUAUGUCGUCUUUUGA